AUGCCGAGGUUCAUAAAAAGUCGAUCUUUCGAGUUAUACGUACAUAUAUGCAUAGGAAAGGGUCUAGCUGUAUUCGACGAGAACAUUCUGAACGAAGUCCUGUCCAAACGUGACUGGCAGACUAAAGAAUUCCCAACCGAAGACUACGAGCUGCUUGUCGAAGAACUGAAAAGUUAUGCCGAAUUCGUCUCAGUUCCUCAAGCAGAAAGAUCGGAUCAUAUCUCCAUCACUACUAAGGAGUUGUUCGAAAAGAGAAGAAAACCGAAACUUGAUCCUGCUCCAUCACGUUUAACACGGGUAGUAAAAAAUGCCAGCUGCAAAAGAGCUUUGCAGAAAGAUCUACAACGAUACAAGUAG